AUGAACACCCAAGAUACCGAAGAACACCAGGAGACCGCCACAGAAAAUGCAGAAGCCGUUGGGAGACCGGGAAAGAUAGCGAGAACUGUUCCGUCACACACCGACCACGGCUGGGCGUGGAUGGUGCUGAUCGGCGCUUGCACGAACGCGUUCAUACUGUCGACUGCGGCAUCUAGUUUCUCCGUAAUGCUCGCUGAAUUCUUCAUCGUGUUCGACGCUAAGCGCAGCAUGAUUGUGCUCAUAGGAUCGCUACAAUACGGAGUCUCCUUGAUGUUAGGACCCGCAUUCACCCGCCUGGCCGGGGAAUACAGCUACCGGGUGAUAGUGAUGACAGGAGGGAUGCUGGCUACGGGUGGCAUGUGUCUCAGCUACGGAGCAGUAGAGCUGAGGACCCUGAUAGGUGCAUAUGGCCUGUUGACAGGUUCGGCGCAUUUUGCACGCGUGCGCAUCGACUUCGCGGCACUUCGUUACUUAGAAGCGUUUUUAGAACGCUUCCAUUGCAACGCGAAUCGGCUGCAAGAGGGCGCUGUCAAUCAUUUCAUACGGAUAGGCUUUGGCGCAGGAAUGAUAAAUUCCCCAUCGAAAGUUAUUAAUGGGUCGUACUUUAAUAAGAAACGCUCGCUGGCAAACGGACUUGUGAGCAUAUCUACCGCCGUUGGCUCUCUCGUUGGUCCUCUACUGUGUAUCAAACUCCUUGAGAUGUACACCUGGCAUGGCACACUCAUCAUUCUAGCCGGCAUCUAUCUACAAACGGUAGCAGCCAGCGCCCUCUUCCGGCCAAUACCAAAAGCAGCAAAGGAGACGCAACGCAAACGCGGCAGCAGCAGAAGUACCCAGCUAACGAUGCCGAUCACCGAUCUGAUAAAACUCGGAGUUCACUGUCUGAGUAAUGUCGCCAUGGGCGUCAGCGCGUUCAUAGUGAUGACAUUCUGGGUGCUGUACGGCAUGUCGCAGGGCUUCAGCUUCACUCGGGCCGCUCAGAUGAUGAGCGUGCUCGGGGGCAGCAGCGUCCUCGGUGGCUUCAUCGUCGCCGCUACGGCCGACAGACAGUGGUUCCCGCGACACGUCGUCUUCGUGCUGGCGACGCUCGCGAUCUCGCUCUUCAACUUCGCGUUUCUGUUCGCUCGCGAUCUCUGGGUUUACGCGCUCUGCUGCGUGUUGUGCGGAUGUAGCGUCGGCGUCAGAACAAGCAUGGAGACGACGAUACUUGUUGACCUGUUCGGCAUCCAGCAUCUGUCGAUCGUACAGCCCAUCUACUCGCUGUGCUUUGGACUGGGAGCUUUCGUCGGGCCGCUAACAGCGGGUACUCUGUUGGACUACACUGACAAUCUAAAGCUUGUUGUCAUUCUUUGUGGAAGCGCGUCUGCUGUGGGCGCAGCGUUGCUGAGUGGCGCCCUCUACAUUGACUACGGACAGAAACGCACGAGGCGGGAAGCACCCAGGCAUGGGGCGUCUAGUACAGUCGAAACCAUUUUCGAUUAA